UAUAAGCGUCGCCCGUCAGUGUCGAACCAAUCAUUGUGGAAUCAGAUUUUACAGCUUAAACAUGAACUGCCUGAAGAUCUGCGGCUUUGUAUUUGCUCUCAUUGCGGCCCUCUCGACUGCUGAGGCUGCUACCCAAGUGCUGAAUGCUGGCGGCCAUACCCUCAUCCAAACGGACCGGACUCAGUACAUACGCAAAACUAAAUGGACCUUGGAAAUAAAUCAAAUAAAUAGAGCUUAAAACGA